AUGCAAACUGCUGGUACCGACGACGACGUUUCGCCGCCGCCGUUCGUGUACCGCCGACUCUGCGCGUUCGCGAGCGGUGAGAAUUCAGAAGAUUCUUCGAAUCCACCCUCCACCAGCGCCUCGCUCGACGACGUCGUCCUGUGCGUCGCCUCCAACGAUGUUUUCGUCAUCGCGUACGCGUCCGGUUCAGUGAAAACCGCGCGCAUCGCUCAGACGAGAGAGAUUCGGGAGAUUCGGCGACGCGGCGUGAGACCGAGCGCGGCGGCGCUCGACGCGCGCGGACGACACGUCCUGAUCGCCGACGCGCGAGGUGAGGUGUGCGUGUACGAUAUUGAAGACGUGUUCGAUGCGCCACCAGGAGCGGGUGAGCUCGAGGGGCGGAGCGAGGUCGAUCGAGAGGUCGCGAGGACGAUUUCGGACGCGGCGGUGACGUGCGCGGCGCUCGCGCGGGAUUACGGAACGCGCGGACGAGGUCGAGGGGGAUUCGCGUUCGGCGACGAGCGAGGCGGCGUAUUUUUAAGGGUGAGCACGCUGUUGGGGCACAAGACGGUGACGGUGAGCGAGCCGGAUGGGAGCGACGGCGUCGCGCGCGCGAUGGCGUGGAGCUCUCGGAACGUGCUCGCCUGGGCGUGCAACUCUGGGGUGAAAUUGUACGAUGUCGGACGGGACGCUCGAGUGGCGAUCGUGGAACGACCUCGAGGGAGUCCGCUGGCGGGAUCUUACGCCCCGCGGUUGACAUGGAACGAGCAGAGUGAUAACGGGAAGACGUUGUUCAUUGGUUGGGCGGAUUGCGUCAAGGUUGUCAAGAUACGCUCGGAGGAGACGUCUUCAUCGACGAUCACUCGCCCGGAGUCGUUCGUCGGCGGUGGGGCGACAAGCGACGCGGACACGGCGUCGACGAGCGAAAUGACGGGGACAAGAUCGUAUGUUGCACGGGUGACGUCGAUGUUUCAAACAGAGUAUUAUGUCGCCGGCAUUCAGCCGUUUGGUGACGCGCUUGCGAUAUUAGCUUGGUCUACUCAGGGGGAUCACAAAACCGGUGCCGCGCCGGAGCUACACGUGGUGUCGUACGACAAUAUCCCGCUGAGUAUCGACGUUAUCGCGACCCGGGAUGACGCGACGAAGCUCGGAUGCAACGCAUACGGUUUGGCGUGCGCACAGCUGAUGGUUGAGGGCGGGAGUUUCGAUCGAUGCAAGCGCGUGGGCGAACAGCGGUGGUGGAAACCCGGCCUCGGACCUUUGUUCAUGGUGUAUUCUCCUCUCGACGUGAUCGUUGCCGCGGCGACGGGGGCGCGCGAGACAAUUGAUUGGCUCGCGGCGCGCGAGGAUCACGUCAAGCUUCUGGAUACGUGCGAGCUCGCAUCUCAGUUCGGUCACAUCAACGGGAGCUUACAGGACAUCGGAUACAGCGUAAUACAGCGUAAUUUUGACGCGGGAGAAUACGGACAAGCGGCGUCCAUGUGCUCGAAAUUGCUCCGAAAAGACGUCUCUGCUUGGGAGUCUUGGAUUGAAAAGUUCAUGCUUGCUCACCAACUCUCCGAGCUUCAGUCUUACAUACCCACCGAGGAACCGACGCUGAGUUCGAACGUGUACGAGUCAGUGCUCAACGCGCUUUUGGCCGAGGCGGAGCAUCACUCCCGCUUCUUGGCCGCGGUCAAAUUGUGGCCGGCGCGCGUGUACUCUUCGCGUUUGUUCAUACCGCUCGUGCAGGGUAAGCUCGCAGCGCUGAAGACAACGCAGGGCCCGGUCGCUUCCAUUUCUUCUGUCGUCCUCAAGGAGGCGCUCGCUGAGCUGUACCUGAACGAUGGCCAGCGCGAGCGAGCGUUGAGCCUGUUCCUGGACAUUGGCAGACCGACAGUGCUGAAUUUCAUCACUCGGCACAAUUUAUUAUCAUUCGUCGAUCGAAGCAAACUCUCUCUGCUAGCGCAGCUCGACACGCCUGCGGCGAUGUCACUCUUUGUUCAGCAGCGAGAGAGCUUACCCCCCAAGGUAGUGAUCGCGGAGCUCUUGGGUCAGGGCGGUCUGAGCGCUCGAGAGCUGACAUACGCUUACAUGACGGCGCUCUUUGAUGAGGACCCCACGUGCUUCGAAGAGCAUCACGACACGUUGUUCGAUUUACACUUGGAAUUCGACCCGAGCGCGCUGAUGAAAUUCUUGAAGAAGAGCGCGGGUUACGACGUCUCUCGAGCGUGUGCGUCGCUAUGCGGGAACGACACGCUCGUCUUCGAGCGCGUCUUCUUGCUUGGUAAGCUCGGCUCGCACGAGGAAGCCGUGCGAACGCUUCUUGUAGACGCCAAGGACUUGUCAGGCGCGAUCAAGCUCGCAGGCGAGCUCGACAACCCGGUGGAUCUCUGGAACGUCAUCAUCAAGGUCUCUGCGGGGUCGGUUGAUUUCACCGCAGCGUUGCUCUCGCAUGCCAAAAAUCUCGCUGGCGACCCGAACGCCAUCGCCGUCGUCAACGCCGUACAAGAGGGUAUCGCCAUCGCGGAACUCAAAUCACGUCUCAUAGACCUUAUGGACGAGAACACCGCCCUCGCGCGGUCGCUCAGGAGCGCCCAUGCGUGCGAGUCCGAAAGAGCACGGGACUCCUGUCAGCGCCGCGACCGCAUCGGCGCGCGUGCGCUUCGCCGUCACCAAAUCCACGUCAGCCGACGCCGAUGA